AUGAUAGUUCUUGCUCAGCAAAUCAAAGGUGACGGCAAAUUGGCCAGUCACAUGCAUGACCAUGACAACGGAACGUACAGCGUCCGGAUUAGAAUUCCUUGGGCUGGAACGACUGUUAUUAGGGUCAAGAAUGCGGCAAAAAUAGAAAACACCUGUUUAAGACUGCGAACUAUGGACACAUACGGAACAUCUGUGUUUUCGAUGAAAAACGUGUGGGGAAUUGGUGGGAAAUUUCUUUAUAAAAACGAAACCGACUUCACAGUGUGCUUGCCGAGUGAAAUGAUGGUGAAUCACACACGUGUAUGCAACUAUACCUCGAUCAACGAUGGAUUGCCGUGGUUCUGUGCCCACCCACGCCCAAAAGAGUUGAGCUGUGAGCACAUUCAAUCAUUCAAUGCGGGUUCGUUUGAUGGCGUGGUCAAAGCUAACAACCCACUGAAAGUAUACGUUCCAUCAGUUGAACAUAUUAAUGCAGUUGCUAAUAUUGAAGCUCCAGCGAAUACACACGAUUUGUAUAUAGAAAAGCCUUUAUGUAAACAGAUGCAAAAAGGAUUAACUUGGGAAAACAUAACUAAUAAUAUUAACGGAUUUUGGAUGAAUAACACGUGGAGUUUAUUAAAUUGCAAGUCGUACAUAGAACAUCAGAACAACACUUACAGGAGUUGUUUAAAAGGAAAAUACAUGUAUUUCUUCGGGGAUUCUACUGCCAGACAGUAUGCGGAAUUCUUUGUGAACGUGGUACUGGAAACAAGGCCGGGCAUUAAUCUUAGACGAUUUGGUGAAAACAACACCUACCACUGGCGCAAAACGUUUUCAAGCUUUGAUAUAAAUGUGACAUAUUUAAAGCACGCAAUGCCUUUCACAAAUCCAGUAGUGCCUUUUCGCGGUAUAACUUCAGUAUAUUCUGAACUUCAAAUACUGAGUAAAAGUAGCAUAACUGGUGACAAGUUAAUAUUUGUGUUCGCUUUCCAUGCUCAUUUUCAAUCUUUCCCCAUAUCCGUGUUCAGAGAUAGAACUCGCAGACUUGUGAGUAGCAUUAAAGAAUUCUUGACCUUAAAACCAAAGGCAUUAUUCUUCGUCAAAGGCCCCAAUUAUUGCUUCGACGACACUCACUGGUUUGAUAAUACGUUGACUUUGGUCUACAUAGAAAUAUUACAGCAGGAGUUUGAAAGUCUUCACGACAGAGUAGUCUACCUUGACACGUGGUCCCUGAACGUGAUACACGAGACCAGAAAUAUCCAUCCGGGCCCCGUGACACUGCAGAACCAGAUCAGGCACUUUAUGGCGUACGUUUGUUAA